AUGGUAGACCUUAACUCGACAUCUGCUGGGUGUGCGGAGGGGUUAAGAGGCUUCGAAGAUUUGACGCUGAGAUUUUGCUCUUUGCGAUAUCUGCAACCACGCCUCGACGUGGCCGACGACCGUAAACGCAGGGCCAGUGGCAGUGGGAGUGUCGCUGGCGUUGGCGUUGGGAAUAGUAACACAGUCGGAAGCGGUGCUAGUGCUCCAGGGAGGAUAACAACUCCCACCGGAGCAGCAGCAGGAGUUGGGCCAGCAGAGCAGCACGGCCGCAGCCGGCGUCCCAGCCCCGCAAGGAGGAAUACGGUUGGUUCGUUUGCUCUUCGCCCUUCUCCUGCUUCGGUAUCAACUCUUAGCGGUGGAAACCAGAGACGCAAUGGGCCUACUGGAGGUCUGGGUAGUUCGCAAGGAAGCAUUGAGGAUACUGAAGAGACGGAGAAUAAUACCAACAAUACCCAGGAUGAUCGGAAGAAGCAGCCAGUGAAACGCGCUUGUAAUGAGUGUCGCCAACAGAAGCUCCGGUGCGACGUUAUACAAGAACCUUUUGCAGCUUGCUCACGUUGCGGUCGUCUUAAGCUGGAAUGCAAGAUUGAGUCGAAUUUCAAACGGAUCGGCAAGCGUAGUCGGAAUGCUGAGAUGGAACGUGAGAUAAUUGAGCUGAGGAGACAGAUUGCGAAUGCCAAUGCCGCCGCCAAUGCGCAACAACAGCAUCAGCAACACCAGCACUCAUCCUCCAUCAACCAAGGCCCUUCAUCAAUUUCUACGCCGUUUAGUUCAUCUCAGCGCAACAUAUAUCAGACGUCGACGGGCCUUUCAGGGAGUCAAUAUAUGGGAUCGCAUGAGGCUGUUGCAUCACUGCUUGAUCUUCGAUCAGGACUGGAUUCUUCUAGUUUUCUUAGAAGCUCCAGUAGUCAGGUUGCAAUGGCCAAACGGCUUGAAGGGGUGUCACUCGCGCCAGAACGGGUGACGGAUUUAUUUAGCCAGUUUUUCACAUUUUAUCACCCUUUCCUCCCAUUUCUGGAUCGAGAUAGGUCACCUGAAGAAUAUCACUCCACGUCGCCGCUCUUGUUCUGGUCUAUAAUUAGUGUGGGUUCGCGUCGAUACCAGGCCGACCCUACUCUUCUAAAUGCUUUGUCGGGGCCGGUGUCGAGAUUGGUAUGGAGUGUAUUGGCAGAUGUUCCUCAAAGCUAUCACGUCGUUAAAGCAUUGGCGCUGUUAUGCACUUGGCCCUUUCCCACCAGCAGCACGUCGACAGACCCAACAUUUAUGCUUUGUGGUAUGAUGAUGCAUAUAGCGAUGCAAAUAGGCCUCCAUCGCCCGUCUCAUGCCCAAGACUUUUCUAAAUUCAGGAUCGAGUUCAGAGAAGGGGAGUUAAAAGAUAGAGUUAAAACUUGGGGUAUUUGCAAUAUCGUUGCUCAAAGGGUUGCAACUGGUUAUGGACAACCGUCGCAAACUUUGUUUGACUGGACGUUGUCAUCACCGGAAUCUGCUGACCAGAAUUUCAAGCUUCCAGCGGAAAUAAAAUGUCGACUAGAUAUCGAAAAGUUUUGCGAUAAAGUAACCAGAGGCCUCUACAGCAAUGCCCGAGAUCCUGUCGGGCUAUCGUGUGAUGAUGAAAGAUUCGUUGUAACAUCUAUUCUAACAAAGGACUUCGAGGAACUCGAAGGCCAGCUGAGGCAAGAGCAUAAUUCCAUCACAAAUCUCUAUCUUCAGGCAGGAGGUCUCCACCUCCGCCUUGCGGCUUUUUUCGAUAACCCGACAGCCAAAGACUAUCGAAAAGGCCUUCUGGCGCUCUACCUUGCGACAACCCUAUUUCUUGAUGAGGUGCUGAAUCUCGAAAAGAAUGUUGGACCUGUCCUUGCAUAUAUCCCUAAUUACAUAUAUCAGAUGACUUUAGCUGCCGGUUUCAUUUUGCUUAAGCUGUGCAAAAGCUUCUUCGCAGCUCACAUUGACAUGGACUAUACAAAAGCCCUUUUCAACAGGACUAUUUGGGCUAUACGAAGCAUGUCUGUUUCAAGCAAUGAUCUUCCGGAGCGGUUGGCAGAGGUAUUGGCGCAGAUGUGGAGGACGGGCGGAGCUCCCGUCUCUCCACAUGUUUCGAGAUCGUCGGUCAGUCCGGAAAUGGAUGACACCCUCCAGUUGAAGGUCAGAUGUCGCAUGAGUAUGUCUCUUGUCUACGACUCUGUUUGGCGAUGGAGAGAAGAUUUUCAAGCCAAAGGAAAGAAUCUGGAAUCCUUCCUCAAAAACCCAACCAACCCGGACUCCAAUGCAGACUCCUCAGCGUCCUCUGUUGCCCCGUUACGCGGUACAAGCUCAACGCCUGGUGUUCCCGGCGCAGACUCCAACCUUCCAUCCGCACCAUCAUCUCACACAAUUAACAUCGGCGGAGAAGGGAAUCUCAAUACAUCUAGUUCCGGAAACGGGAUGGGAUUCCUGGGUGGUUUCAUGGAACCGAAUUACGAAGUAUUUGAUCCUCUAAAUUGGAUGCUGGAUGGGCUGGUGGACUUCCCAUACUCUCUAAAUCCGGUUCAGGGACUGGAGUCUUAGGGUAUCUCUUAGCCUUCUUUUCAUUUAUUCGUCACAUUUAAACCACUAUAUACUGCUUCUUUAUCUCCUUACCAGAAUAGAACUCUUCAUUUUGUAGCUGGCUUUUCCUGGUUAUUUUACAUUUCUAUUCUCAUUCUAUCAAAACAUAAUUUGAUCCAAGUCGCUACCACAGUUGGACACGUUUUCGUUCAUUUUAGUGAGUUGUAUAUUCGCCCGAGAAAACAUAGAGAAGACAAUACAUUAUCUUCUCUGUUUCU